AUCUUAUCUUACAGACUAAAUAGGACAAAUAAGUGUCCUUAACAGUGCUCGUUAUAAAUGUUAGAAUAACAUUAAAAGACCUUCUUGCAUUUUUCAAACUAGAAAACGGAUCAUAUUAUGAAUGCAUGAGAAAUUUUGUCACAACUAUAAUAUUUGGAACAUUAAAAGCGGGAUUUUAGAGUUAACAUAAACCUUUGGAUUUGUGACAGAUGAAUUCCAUUUCGGUGUGCCUCCUAUUGUUAGGAAUAUGCUGUUUGAUAACUGGAGAAUGGUCGGAUUGGAGAUGUAAGGAACAAGGAGGAGUUUGCUUUAUGAGUCGCACAUGUACUCCAACCGCUAAAUUCAAUUGCUCAAAGACAAGUGAAGUAACAGUGAGAGACUGCCCUUGUGUUUCAAAUACUAGCGAACAUAGAGGCGGAUGGUCGGAUUGGAGUUGUAAGAAACAAGGAGAAUUUUGCUUUAAAAGCCGGACAUGUAAUUCAACCGCUGGUUUCAAUUGCUCAAAAACAAGUGAAGUAACUGUAACAAACUGUCCUUGUGUUGCAGAAUGGUCGCCUUGGGGCGGAUGGACCUGUCACACAGACCAAAGUGUCUGUUUAAAAUUACGCAAAAGAACUUGUAUAAGUGGAUUUAAAGGAAAUGAUUGCUUGAAUCUGCAAGGGAAAGAUUAUGAACAGACAUUUUGUGACAAAUCUUGCAACGAUUCUGAUACAAUUAGCGAACAUAAAGGCGGAUGGUCGGAUUGGGGUUGUAAGAAACAAGGAGAUUUUUGCUUUAAAAGUCGGACAUGUAAUUCAACCGCGGCUUUCAAUUGCUCCAAAACAAGUGAGGUUACUGUAACAAACUGUCCAUGUGCUGCAGAAUGGUCGCCUUGGGGCGGAUGGACCUGUCACACAGACCAAAGUGUCUGUUUAAAAUUACGCAAAAGAACUUGUAUAAGUGGAUUCAAAGGAAAUGAUUGCUUGAAUCUGCAAGGGAAAGAUUAUGAACAGACAUUUUGUGACAAAUCUUGCAACGAUUCUGAUACAAUUAGCGAACAUAAAGACGAUGGUCGGAUUGGGUUGUAAAGAAACAAGGAGAUUUUUGCUUUAAAAGUCGGACAUGUAAUUCAACCGCGGCUUUCAAUUGCUCCAAAAACAAGUGAG